GAAAACGACCAGGAAAAGGCGCAUGCGUGAAGAAGGGAACGAUGGUGGACAGGUAGGCAACGCAUCAAGCUUGAUGAUAUCUAUCGACGAGCGAUCGAUUUCCAACAGUUCACUAGAACUAAUAGAUCGUAUAUCACUUAUUUGCAGCUACUAGCAUUGUAGCUAGCUUCCGUAGAACGAAGCCCUGGAACAUACAAAAAUGCCGAACAUUAAGAUAUUCAGCGGUAGCUCGCAUCGGGAACUGUCUCACAAAAUUGCUGACCGUCUUGGGAUGGAACUCGGGAAGGUUGUCACCAAGAAAUUCAGCAAUCAAGAAACAUGUGUUGAGAUCGGGGAGAGUGUCCGUGGAGAGGAUGUCUACAUCGUACAGAGCGGCUGUGGGGAGAUCAAUGAUAAUCUGAUGGAGCUGCUGAUUAUGAUCAAUGCGUGUAAGAUCGCCUCGGCCUCCCGGGUCACAGCCGUCAUCCCCUGCUUCCCCUACGCACGGCAGGACAAGAAGGACAAGAGUCGAGCGCCCAUCUCAGCCAAGCUGGUGGCUAACAUGCUGUCUGUGUCUGGGGCUGAUCACAUCAUCACUAUGGACCUCCACGCCUCACAGAUCCAGGGUUUCUUCGACAUCCCGGUGGAUAACCUGUAUGCUGAGCCUGCUGUACUGAAGUGGAUCAAGGAGAACAUCGCAGAGUGGAAGACCUGCACCAUCGUCUCUCCAGACGCAGGGGGAGCCAAGAGAGUGACUUCCAUAGCGGACAGGCUCAAUGUGGACUUUGCUCUGAUCCACAAAGAGAGAAAGAAGGCCAAUGAGGUGGAUCGCAUGGUGCUGGUCGGGGACGUCACGGACCGGGUGGCCAUCUUGGUGGAUGACAUGGCAGACACCUGUGGUACUAUCUGUCACGCGGCCGACAAGCUGAUCUCAGCUGGUGCUACCAAGGUGUAUGCCAUCCUGACCCACGGUAUCUUCUCUGGCCCGGCCAUCUCCCGGAUCAACAACGCCUGCUUCGAGGCCGUGGUCGUCACCAACACUAUCCCUCAGGAGGAGAAGAUGAAGACCUGUCCUAAGAUACAGGUGAUUGACAUCUCUAUGAUCUUGGCAGAGGCCAUCCGCAGGACCCACAACGGAGAAUCUGUCUCCUACCUCUUCAGCCACGUUCCCUUGUAACAUCACACACACACUGAGUCACCUGGGGGCACUGUUCAGUAGGGGACAACAGAACAUUCAGAACAGACACGGCCAUAUCUCAUGCCGAAUAGGGACUUUGGGGAACAGAUAUGAUUGUCUUUCAGGUAGACUAAGGAAAGCAGAGUAGGCUCUUCAGUUCUAUGCCCAGUAUUCUGGAAUGUUUCUCAUCAGUGAAUAGAAUCCAGCACUACUAUUCUGUUACACCAGAAAGAGGAGAGGGAAUGUCCUAUACAAACACCAGUGUUGGGCUCGAUUCCAUUUCAAUUCCAGUCGAUUCAAGAAGUACACUGACUAGAGGUCGACUGAUUAUGAUUUUUCAACGCCGAUACCGAUUAUUGGAGGACCAAAAAAGCCGAUAAUCGGCCGAUUUUAUUAGGGGGAAAAAAUGUUUUAUGUAUCUAUAUAUAUAUAUCACACACACACAUUUUUGUAAUAAUGACAAUUGCAACAAUACUGAAGGAACACUUUUAUUUUAACUUGAGGCGGUUUAAGCCUGCACGAAACAAUGACCUUAUUUGAAGUAGAUCAAGACAUUCUCUAUGGAAGACUUGAAGGGUAAAAUAACGAAGGAACCCCUUUCAAGUUCAGCCGCAAGUUAUUACAGGAAUUAUAACGCCUCGACUAUUUCUCUAAACUAUAUACCUUUGACUAAUCCGGAAACUAUCACCUCGAAAACAAAACAUUUAUUCCGUUCUGUAUUUUAUCUAACGCGUGGCAUCCAUGAGUCUAAAUAUUCCUGUUACAUUGCACAACCUUCAAUGUUGUCAUAAUUACGUACAAUUCUGGCAAUUUAGUUGGCAAAGAGCCGUGCGGCCCAAACUGUUGCAUAUAACCUGACUGCGUGCAAUGAACGAAAGAGAAAUGGCACAAUUUCACCUGGUUAAUAUUGCUUGUUAACCUGGAUUUCUUUUAGCUAAAUAUGCAGGUUUAAAAAUAUAUACUUGUGUAUUGAUUUUAAGAAGGGCAUUGAUGUUUAUGGUUAAGUACACUUUGGAGCAAUGACAAUCAUUGAUUGUUUUUUAUAAGAUAAGUUUAAUGCUAGCUAGCAACUUACCUUAGCUUACUGCAUUCGCUAACAGGCAGGCUCUUCGUGGAGUGCAAUGUAAUCAGGUGUUAGAGCAUUGGACUAGUUAACUGUAAGGUUGCAAGAUUGGAUCGCCCGAGCUGACAAGGUUAAAAAUCUGUCGUUCUGCCUCCUAGGCCGUCAUUGAAAAUAAGAAUGUGUUCUUAACAGACUUGCCUAUUUAAAUAAAGAUUAAAUAAAGGUGUAAAAAAAUAAAUCAUAAUAAUCGGCAAAUCGGCGCCCAAAGAUAUCGAUUUCCGAUUGCUAUGAAAACUUGAAAUCGGCCCCGAUUUAUCGGCCAUUCCAAUUAAUCGGUCGACCUCUAAUACUGACAUUCCAAUUAUUUUCAAUCAGGAAAUUUUGGAUUUGGAAUUAGGUUUACUUUCUGAAUUGAGGUUUAAAUUGAAUUGACCCCAACUGGGAGAAACACCCCCAUUUAUAUUAGCAUCGCUCUGCUGCUAUUGCUAACUAACCACAUAAUAAUUAGGAUGAAUGUUUAUUAAUAAUGAUGACAUGUUCAUUUCGAGUCCCUCUCUCACCCGUAAACAUUGUUUGCAUCCCAAAUGGAACCUUUUUCCUACAUAGUGAACUUCUUUUGACUUGUGCCCUAUGGGCCCUGGUCAAAAGUAGUGCACUGCAUGGGGAAUAGGGUGCCAUAUGGGACAUGUCUAUCAGGGACAAAAGAGGUCAGUGUUGAUUAUUUAUUGUGAGUGGUUGAACUCACCUAAUGCCAACAGUUGUUCAUAAUAAUGCUGUUACAAUACUUCUGUUACAAAAAGAGGGCGAGAGACAGUUGGAUGCUGACUGACUUCAGGUAUUUUAUUAUUUUGUUUUUCUUUUUGAUUCGGUUGAAAGAUGAGACUCAUAAUGUGUUAAGUGAAUGAGUUAUAGUUGACAGUGCCACUGAUGUUCAUCUGGGUGAUUCAUAAGUCUUUUUAAAGGGGCAAUCUAGGAUCGGUACUUCUAAUUUUUGGACAUAAUGGUAAAUAGCCCACUGAUUCUUGAAGAUUUUAACUUAUAAAUGCCUCCUCCAUGAUCUUCAUGAUCUGCAUCCCUAGCUCUGUCUGGGAAUUUGAGAGUGGGCACAUAACUCCAAACCCAUCCCUCACCUGUUGACCUAAACAAGUAUGGGGGCUUUUCUAAUUGCGGAUUGCCCCUCUUAAGACUAUUGGGAAUCGUUCUUUCAGUGGGUGCAGAGGAGGCAGGUUUUGCUCUUCGAGGUUGCUGUCUAGAAGCUGUUGGUUUUUAGCUCUGCAGGAUGGAACUUCCUAGAAAAGUCUCUGCUAUUUUUAUUUACUUAAUUUCUUUCAAUAACAUUUGUAUAAUAAACUCUUGAAAGAGUG